GUUUCUUUGCAAGGCACCGGGGAAGUACAUCCGACUCACAUGUAACCCAAGUGACCUCGGUAUUCAAUGCGUGCUCUGUUAAUCUAAAUCGUUGUGAGCGUGUAUAACCGGGUAUAACAACGACCAUCAAUUUUUUACAAAAGUAUAUUUAAAUCCUAGGUAAAGUCUAAUUUUGUCAGAUUUUAAAUGGCUACUAUCCAGGAACUCUCUCCAGAUUCGGGCCGUGUGGAGACACGACCCCUUGAAGAUGAGAUUGAGGGAGAUGAUGAAGAUGAAGAGUUGGAUGAAACAUUGCUGGAGAGACUCUGGGGUCUAACUGAGAUGUUUCCAGAUUCAAUGAGAUCUGCAGCUGAAGUAUCUGCACAGUGUUCACUAUCUGUAGCCAAAAAACUUUAUAGUUUCUCCCGCUCAGCUCUAUGGAUCGGUACAACUUCAUUUAUGAUUUUGGUUCUGCCGGUUGUCUUUGAGACAGAGAGGUUACAGCUGGAACAACAACAGCUACAACAGCAGAGACAGAUUUUGUUGGGUCCAAAUGCUGGCAUGUCUGGAGGAAUGCCUGGAAUGAUGCCUCCUGCCCCUGGAAAGCUCUGAUUACACAAUGUUAUGUCCAUAACUUGCAGAUCGUUAAGAAGACAAUGGAGACACACAGAAGAAUGGGAAAGAGAGAGGGAGCAGGAACUGAAGAUACUGUGUUUGGUCAACAUCAAGUCAAAGUCAUUGCCUUGGAGAACUGAUGACUUCUUUGAACUUCCCUCUCUCUCUGCCUUUCUCACCAAAAUGCAUAGACUGGAGGUUUAAGCUCUGACCUUUUCCUUUUUAUAGGUAUCGUGAGACUUCAUUAUAUUUUCCAAGGGACUGUUCAGUCUAUGGUGCAACGUUUGCCAUUGUAACGUACUGUAUCAACACUGAAGUUGUAGAAAAUCAUUAACUUCAUCAAAGAUCUGUAAAUUUUAAUGAGGGUUCACCAAGCCCAAUGCUGAUUGUGAAAUGUUCUCUGUCUUCAGAUUAUGGUUAUUUCUUGUUAUUGAUUUAGAAAUGUUAAAACCUUUAGAAAUGGCUCUCUACCUGUAUUUUACAGGUUAAACGGAGAUCAUGCAAAGCUACUACAUAAGUCAUGCGGUCCAAGUGAAUUGUUGUAAAAUAUCUCUGUGGGGUUUGAGAAAUACUUAUGUUUCAAAACAUACUGUCAAUAAUAGGGAAUCCUGUGAGUUUUACAUGACAGCAGGAAUAAAAUCAAAUCCACCCGG